GCGCGGCCUUGCGGGCCGGCGGAGCCGGGGGCCAUGGGCGCCGGCGGGCGCUGGGUGCGGGCGGCACACACAGCCCUCAGCGCGGCGCUGCUGCUCGGGCUCCUCCUGCACCGCACGGAUCUGCAAAAGCAAGAGGAGCGCGGGGAGCUGCUUCAGCCGCUGAUCUUCGUUUUGCUGGUUUUAUGCUCGAUCCUGCUGUACUUAAAGGUGUCCCUCAUGGAUCCGGGUUUUGUUAAGCCUGAAGAGGAAGUGAAGGAAGGUGAAGAUAAAGGACAAGGUGUGGUGAUCCCUCUGAUUCCAGGUGACAUUAAGCUGCGGCGCUGUGGUUACUGCCUGGUGAAGCAACCCAUGCGAGCCAAGCACUGCCAGCUGUGCCAGCACUGCGUGCGGCGCUACGACCAUCACUGCCCCUGGCUUGAGAACUGUGUAGGAGAAAGGAAUCACCCCCUCUUCAUAGUCUACCUGAGCGUGCAGCUCGUGGUUCUCCUGUGGGGAGGCCAUGUUGCUUGGUCAGGCCUCUACUUUGAACAAUCCAGGGAGUGGCUGCAGCACAACAUUUUCCUCCUUGUGUCCUUCCUCCUGAUAUUCAUAUUCACCAUUGUGGUCCUGCUGCUGCUUGUUUCCCACCUGUACCUGAUCUCAUGCAACACCACGACCUGGGAGUUCAUGUCACACCACCGCAUCUCCUACCUGCGGCACUCCGAGCUGGAGAACCCCUUUGACCAAGGGAUAAUCCUCAAUCUCUGGGGAUUCUUCUGUUCACACCACCUCACUGAAUGGGAGAACAUCUAUUUUCACAAGAACAGUGAGCCUGUAUAGUCCCAGUGUGCCAACACACCUGACAGGCUGCUGGGUAAAACUUUGCUAAUGCAAUGGCUGCUGUUUCCUUGCACUGAACUUCAGUGCAUCAUGGACUAUGCAAUCUGCUCCACAACCUGUUCAUCUGCAAAUUAUAUUUCAGGGAUAUUCAGGGUUAUUUUUUAUAUAUAAAUAAUACUCUUAAAGGCAAGAAUACAGUUCUGGGAAGGGCAAAGCCAGCAGAGCUGACUUCCAGACUGAAGAAAGUAUCUCUCUAAAUUUAUUUCCUUCUGUUAAAUGCAUCCACAUCUCUCCAGAAGAAAUGCAAGAUUAGUGUGACUAUUCGUGUUCUCUUCUCAAAGGUCUCCCUCGCCUUUUGCUGCUAGGGAACAGCAGCAAUUACAGAUAAAAUCAGCCAGGAUCAGUGUAAUUUCUGUGGCCUUUUUUCAGCCAGGUUCUGACUGUGAGAACUGCAGUGCCUUUUGGCAGUAGCAUCAGGCAUGUAAGAGAAAUAUUUGAGUAAAUAUUUAGAGAAUUAAAAACAAAUUUUAUUUUGUACACAUGCCUCAAGUUAAUGCUUUCCAUCACUUUUCUUUGGACAGAAAAGUAAUAAUUGGCUACUGAGUUAUUUCUGCAAAUAAUGUUGUGCUCAGGCCUUUUUGCUGUAGCUUGGGAAAGAAGCAGGAGCAGAUGUGGGUAUCUCAGGCCUAACUAAAGUAACACUAUUGGUAACACUAUACUACCUCAACUCACUAGUGACAUUUUCAUAAAAUAAUACAAUUUCAGUGCAAGAGAAAAGCUGCCAGGUCCUGAGAUGAGAGAUGCUGACAGCUUUUAGGACAGCAGCAAGAGGAUCUGUUUUCCAUUGAAAUAAAAGGCCACACUUCAGAUUUCCACGGGGAACUAAAAGGAAGUUUGGGAUGACCGAUCUUAGCUUUAAAACAAAAAAGGCUGUGGUGUGAAUUUUAGUCCUGACCCUUUUCUGUUAAAACAAAAACAAAACAAGAAAAACCACCACAACAAAAUGUUAGUUAAAAUUAUCUUGUGCCUUAAUUGUCUUGGCUCAGGAAUUAACACUAACUCAGAAGCACUCAGGGUUUAAAGCUGAUGAACACUCAUGAAAAGACAGUGUAGUUACUAACACAGCACGACACACCAAAAGCAAUUUAAGUGCAGCAAAAGAUCCCUUUUUUAACUAGCUCUAGAGUUUGUAAUCUGUGCACAGUCUGCUUUGUUCAGAGUAGAAGCUUUAUCAGAGGGAUAUCAGAAUGCUAAAGAUUGUUAUUUUGAAGCUGCUACACCAUUCAGAAGUAUUCUGCAGUUUGCUUGUGUUGCUGUGGUACCUGCUAAAGUGUGGAUCAUCUGUCACAUUGCAAUUCCUGGUUCUUCAGGUCAAGUGAAAGUUUAUCAGCAGGUACAACAGCUCAAAACAGUUUUCUUCUGUCUGGUAUUUCUUUAAAAUACACCUGGGUGUUAAUUUACCUUUUUUUUUACUCAACCAUAAAUUAUAAAAUAAAAUAUUAAAUAUGCAUUUUUAAAUUGUCUGUGAUUCUCUUUGAACCCAAGUUCUAGGUUUCACCUGUGCUAACAAUCCACUGUGCUACCUCCCACUGCACAGUGGCCUUGAACUAAAGCCACAAAACACACCACAGAGGCCAACAGCAACUGCCACUCCAGCAAGAGUGAGGAAAAUGUGUAUCCUGCUUUAAACAGGCCAGUGCACUGCCAGGGUGAGUGGGAGGUUGGAAGGAUCUUUGUACAUGGGAAUUUUCAGAAGCAGCUAUACUUG